AAAGAGAUGCAGUUAUUGUUGGGACUCUGUUGCAGUACUGGAAAAUGGCCGUGUUGUAGUUGACAGAAGCAUUUAAUGCGAAUGAUUUGCAUUCCGUGCCACAAACGUUAAGACACCUAGCCCUGCUUGUUACCAUCAUCACUGGAAUUAAACCGGGAGAAACAUGGAAAGGAAAAGGUGGGAGUGCUCGGCUCUCCCAAAGGGCUGGAAAAGGGAAGAAGUGACCAGAAAGUCGGGUUUGUCUGCGGGGAAAAGCGAUGUCUAUUACUUUAGCAGAGGUGAGGAAGAGGAGGAGGAACAGAGGCGAGAAAGGGGGGAGGCGGGUCGCUUGUAUAGUUUGUGUCCAACUGGAAAGAAGUUCCGGAGCAAGCCGCAGUUGGCUCGUUAUCUCGGAAACUCAAUGGACCUCAGCUCCUUCGAUUUCCGCACCGGUAAAAUGCUAAUGAGCAAACUGAACAAGAACCGGCAGAGACUUCGAUAUGACAACAACACUCAAACAAAGGGCAAGCCUGAUCUCAACACAUCACUGCCAGUCAGACAGACAGCCUCCAUCUUCAAACAACCUGUCACCAAGGUUACCAACCAUCCCAGCAAUAAGGUGAAGACAGAUCCUCAGAAGGCUAUUGACCAGCCUAGACAGCUAUUCUGGGAGAAGAAGCUUAGCGGUCUCAAUGCAUUUGACAUAGCGGAGGAGCUUGUAAAGACAAUGGAGCUUCCCAAAGGCUUGCAAGGAGUAGGACCCGGAUGCACAGAUAAGACCCUCCUGUCGGCCAUCGCCAGUGCCCUGCACACCAGUACGGCCCCCAUCACCGGCCAGCUGUCGGCCGCUGUGGAGAAGAACCCUGGCGUGUGGCUCAACACAUCACAGCCCCUCUGCAAAGCCUUCAUAGUCACAGACGAGGACAUCAGGAAGCAGGAGGAGCUUGUGUACAGUGUGCGGAAGAGACUGGAGGAGGCGCUGAUGGCGGAUAUGUUGGCCCACGUGGAGGAGGCGUCCAACGAAGGAGACGUGCUGAAGGAGGACGCCAACGGAGACGACGACGCAGAUGCUGUAUAGCAGAGGAUAUGUGGACAGUUUGACCGUGGGUUCCAGUAUUCAUUCGUAGGACCAUAACCAGAUUCCCACCACCUUCUCUAACAAACCCGGACCCAUCACCACCUCCCACCUGCUAUCGUCAAACAAGACGAGAAAGCCUCCCCCUCACACGUGUACUUGGAGUCCUAACGCUCCACGGAUGGCAGCUGAUUCUGCUCUGAAUCACCGAUUAGUGUAGUUAAUCUUUGCCCCCUGAACAAAAUGAACUGUUUCAACAAUGGCUUGUAGGAGGAAAAUGACACUAUAAAGUCGGCUAAAAUACAGUAUUUCAAGUUGGGAUUCAUGAAGAUGUGAUUCCUGUCCGUACACAUUAGUCUUGUGACAAUCAUGUCAAAGCCGUAUCACAUCCUCCAAAAUUGACCUGAGAAAUAUGGCAGCCUUGUUUGCUCAAGGUAUGAUGCACAAGUGUUACUAUGGUAAGAUGCGAGAUGUGUUGCUGGGUCUAGGGACAUGGUAUUACGGGAUGAACUGAUUUGUUUUCUGGUGCUGUUUCUCAGAGCACUAAGUGAUUUGAGAGGGAUCAAGAUUAUAAGACACCUGCACUCUAAAUUUCAUAGAUUGUUUUUUUUAAGACGAGAUUGUUUGAUUUGUGACUUUUAAAGCGUUGUUGCUUUUGUUGUUGUUGUCGUCGUCGUCGUCCUUAUUUGUCUGUUGUUUUUAGAGAGCGUUAAGGUUUUUGUAAUGUGAAAUUUGUCCUUCAUCUUUCUCCGGAUGACGACCAAAGAGGGGCCAAGAAAUAUAACAGGAAAUUCUCAACACUCAUUCUACACAGCCCCUAGGGUCAUAUGAACUUUAACCUCUCAGAAAGAGGAGCUGGUUAUCCUGGGAUAUGUUACAGUUUUAUUUUCUUUCUCUUCCAAACAGCUCUUGUCUGUGAAGCACUGUUAAGAUUUGCAUCGCUCCUCAAGAACACCCAUACAAACAACAGUUUAAAAAAAGUCUGUUUUUCUACCCUUUCUUAAGAAAUAUGAGUAAAUUUGACAUUUAGUGCCAUCUUUUUUUUUCUUGUCUAGAAAAUUCAGUUUGAAUUGUCUAUGGUGCUGCCUCCUCUCUCCCCCAACCUUAUGUGAACCAUAAUGUGUGCUAGAGAAAAACAGUUUUGGGUGAGGAGUCCUCAUAUGAUGAAGGACACUCACAGCAUCAGGGGUUGCCUGCAGCCCCCACUCUUAGAACACUUGUUCGGUUCUUACUAUAUGAAAGGGGUAUUGUUUUACUUUAACAGACUGUUGAUUUGAAUGGUUUACAGAUUAAAAUUCAGCUGUAUGUGAA